UGCAGGUACCUGCACACUGAAAUUCCCCUCUAUAGGAAUCCUUUGGCUGCUCCUAUAGAUGGUUCCUUCAUCUGUCUGUCAUCUCUCCAUGGAAACCUAUAAAUGGACUCAUUAUUCUCAGUGAAAAGAAGAAUCGUCACAGAUAUAUUCUCAGGGAGAAAAAAAAAACAUCUCAAUUUAUACUUUACCCCCUGGGAGGCGUUUGAGGGUUUGAGUUGCCGAAACCCCCAAACCUAGGCAAAAAGGAACAUACAAUGAACAUGAAUAGGACAGGCAUGGGUUUCUCUGAACAUGGUGGAGCAAAAUUCUGCGUGGAGAGGAUCAUCCUGGAUGAACUUAAACUUGAGGAAGUAGCUCAACGGCAGACUGAAAUCCACGGGCCCUCUAUAAAGAAGAAGAUCUGUGACUCUAUAAGGUGCUUUGUAGGACAGUGGAAGAUUUGGAUUCUAACGUGGAUACCAGUUCUGUCCUGGAUCCCCCAGUAUUCCGUUCAGGAAAAUGGACUUGGUGACCUGGUUUCAGGUGUCAGUGUGGGAAUCAUGCAUCUGCCUCAGGGUAUGGCAUACGCUCUUUUGGCUUCUGUCCCACCUGUGUUUGGUCUCUACACCUCCUUCUAUCCUGUACUGGUGUACUUCAUCUUUGGCACCUCUAAACACGUCUCCAUAGGAACCUUUGCGGUGAUUAGCAUAAUGAUCGGGAGCGUCUCAGAGCGAUUGGCUCCUGAGGAUCACUUUCUGACCAAUGGGACAAAUGGAUCAGUCGUCAUGGAUACGGAGGCGCGAGACGUGCAACGGGUGAAAGUAGCCGCAGCAACGACGUUACUGUGCGGCAUAUUUCAAGUUUUAUUGGGUCUGGUUCGGUUCGGGUUUGUAGUGACGUAUCUCUCCGAGCCGUUAGUGCGGGGCUACACGACAGGCGCGGCCACCCACGUCAUCAUUUCUCAACUCAAAUUCAUGUUAGGAGUUUCGCCCAGACGAUUCACUGGACCCCUGCAGCUGCUUUAUACUCUGGUGGAGCUGGGCAGUUUAUUACUGCAGACUCAUAUUCCCACUCUGGUGAUCAGUCUGGUGGCUCUCACAGCUCUGGUCAUUGUAAAAGAGAUCAACUCCUGCUACCGUCACAAAUUAUUCCUCCCUGUUCCCAUCGAGCUCAUGCUGAUUAUUGCAGGGACUCUUGUUUCUCAUUAUACUGAUCUGAAAGCUGGUAAUGGUGUAGAUGUGGUGGGAAAAAUUCCCAGUGGGCUGGUGCCACCCAGAGUCCCAGAGGUGGGUUUCUUCUCCUCGGUGGUAGGAGACGCGUUUACCGUGGCUGUGGUGGGAUACGCCAUCAGCAUUUCUCUGGGCAAGACUUUUGCUCUCAAAUAUGGAUAUAAAGUAGACAGCAAUCAGGAGUUGUUGGCGUUGGGGUUCAGUAAUGUCAUUGGUGGCUUCUUCCAGUGCUACUCUGUCACUUCCUCACUAUCUCGCAGUCUUGUCCAGGAGAGCACAGGGGGGAAAACACAGGUGGCUGGAGUGAUAUCUGCUGUUAUUGUGCUCAUUACAGUUUUAAAGCUCGGUUCACUUUUUGAGGAGCUGCCCACAGCUGUGCUUUCCACCAUCGUGUUUGUGAAUCUGAAGGGAAUGUUCAUGCAGUGUCAGGAUAUUCCUGCUCUAUGGAAGAGCAACAGAGUAGAUCUGCUGGUGUGGCUGGUCACGUUUCUCUGUACGGUUCUGCUGAAUCUGGAUCUGGGUCUGGCAGCGUCCAUCAUAUUCACACUGCUCACAGUGAUCUUCAGGACUCAGCGUCCGAGGUACUCUUUACUUGGCAGGGUGCCUGACACAGAACUGUACUUGGAAACAGAGUCAAAUAAGGAGGCUAAAGCAAUCCCAGGUAUCACUAUCUUCCGUUCCUCUGCAAUGCUCUACUAUGCAAAUGCUGAACUCUAUCAAGAGGCCCUGUUGGAGAAGUGUGGAAUCAAUGUUCCAGAGCUGAAAAAGAGGAAAGAGGAGGAGAGGGCAAAAAAGAGACAACAGAAGGGAAAAGAUAAACAGACUGGAGUUCUGAGAGAGUUAGCGAACCGAAUGCUGGUCUCCAUGAAGAAUGUGAGUGAAUCUGUGCACUGCCAAAGAACGGACCAUGAACACAUCAUCAAUGACAACGGCAUAGCGACAGUAGGCCACGGUAACACGAACCACGGCUUCCAGCCAGAGCAGGACUCUGAGGAGGAGGAGGAACGGGACAACACAGAGACACACUCCUCCAGCUGUGACAAUGUGCAGGAACACACACACUCCAUCAUCCUGGACUUCACUCCUGUCAGCUUCAUCGACACGGUGACCCUGAAAACACUGGAAAACAUAUUUCAAAACUUUGCUGAAGUAGAUGUCACUGUUUACAUCGCUGGAUGUCAAGUGUGCGUAGUGCAGCAGUUGGAGCGAGGAGGAUUCUUCUCAGAGUCCGUCUCAAAAGGGCGACUUUUCCCAUCUAUCCAUGAUGCUGUGCUGCACUGCCUGUGUCUGAGAGAUCUGUCCUGCUCUGAGCUUGCUCUGGAAAUGCCCUGCGUUACGAGGUUCUGACCAGCAGAUGUCAGUAUGUCCUCCUCUUUGACUGAUGUGCCUAUGUGAAGACCCCUUGUUACCAUGACGACCGGCAUCAGGAUGAUAUAAGUCAAUGGAUAUUGACAUCCCACAAUGAAAACAUCUAGUCAUUUUGAGAUAUAUGUGUGUAGGGCUGCAAACUAUCACGCAUUCAGUGCAUUCACACCACACAAAACAUCGCGGAGCAGAGAGGACACUGACAACACGCCGACAGACAAGACAG